GCGACUACACCUGGUACCUAUGGAACGCAUACUCCCUCAUCUCCUUUGUCCAUUUCUCCAUUAAAUUAUUCAGAAGACAUUCACAGAAGAAGCCCCAUCCAGGAGAGAUCAAUUUAUGAAGAUAUGGAAAACAUCUCUGUCAUGAAAAACCUCUCGGCUGAAGUUCCGCUACCGGACAGUGAUACACUCAACCGUUUUUACAACAAAUGUGUCAAAGUCUCGCCCAAUGAGAGCUGGAGGGUGAGUGAGUUUGUGGAGGGUUUUGCUAAUGACCUAUUAGAAGCCAUGAGGAGCAUGCAUGACGUGGAGGUUGGCAUGGGGAUUGAAGACUUUGUGGUGGAGGGCGGGAUCAGUUCCCUUGUAUGUAACAUCACAGUCCCCAUUGCCCCACUGGAGCCAUACAGUUUCCAGUUUCAACUCUGGUGUAACCAAGCUAUUGAUGAUAUGUCACCUGAAAUGCAGGGCUGUGGUAGAGUCAAAAUGGUGGAUGGUGGUGUGAACCAAAAUGGCUGCCCAUGUCGCACAGCUGCCAUAGAAGAUGAUGAUAUGCUAUGCCUGCUGUGUGGUGACAAUGAGAAAGUCAAAGUGGUGAAAGUCACUGAUGUAUUGAAUAGCGCUCUUUGCUCAAAAAACACCCCUUACCUGGCCAAAACCCAGGUUACCAAAUGGUUCCAGACUGCGAUUAGAAAAGCUUGGGGACAGAUAUCCCACAAAUACGAAUUUGAGCUAACGUUUCGCAACAUGGACGCACCGGGAGCUCUGAUGGUUCGAUUCAGAUCAGGGAAGGUGAUAACCUUCAAUAUGGCCCCCGUGGUGAAACUCAAAGACAUUGAAGCUUAUUUCACCAUUUCUCCUUCCACCCCAACUAGGAAUGCCUUGGACACGUACUGGAGCCUCUCAUUGGCCACUUACGAGGACCACUUCCUGAAGUAUCUGACCAAUCACCUGCCUGAAAACCCCUGCCACAUUCACUGCCUUGAAAUUUUAGCAUUCCUUCACAAAAAGCAAACAGGUCUCACAGGCAAAAGUGUCCUUACCGAUUAUCACUUCAAAACAGUGUUAAUUCACUUGCUUUUGAGUAAAGAGCCUUCAGACUGGUACGCUGAACACUUGGCUAGCAGGCUACGUGAUGCAUUGAGAUUCCUGGAAAAUAGCCUUCAGGGCAGGAAGUUGCAUCACAGCUUUAUUGGAAAUCCUCUGGUUCCAAGUGAGAUUGGACUCCCUGCUGUAUUUAGUGAUGCAGAGCCUGUAAAUCUCUUCUGCCCCCUUGGGGUACAAAAUGGCAGCUACACCAAAACUGUAAAGCACUUGCAAGAGAUGCUCAGGAACACUUCCAUGCUGAUACAAGAGUACUUGCCAAAGCCAAAGGAAUGCAAUGGCCUGGACAAAUCUUAAACUGGUAUAGAGGACAGUGUUGAACAAUUUGAAAGGUUGAUACUGGACAAUUAACUGCAAAGGGAGACCUUUUUGGCAUUUUUAAAUACAGAGAAGUGCAUUACAUUUACAUUUUAGUCAUUUAGCAGACGCUCUUAUCCAGAGCGACUUAGUGAGUGCAUACAUUUUUCAUGCAUCAUGAGGAAACAUGCAUCUGCUUAAGUGGUUUAAUGUUAAAAUGCAACAAAAAAGUUCCCUCUGGACCCAAAUAAAUGCUUAUUUGAUAGUUCUAAAAUACUUCGCGUUUCAGCAUUCAAAUCAAGUUAAAAUAUUUCCAAAUACAUUAUUUCAUACCUGGGUUCAACUGCAUGGGAGUAUUUACACUGAAUACAAAUAAACGCAACAAUUAACAAUUUUACUGAGUUAGAGUUCAUAAGGAAAUCAGUA